AUGCCGUCUCUUGGCGCAUCCUAUGGAGCUACAAGCAGCUCACAAGCCAUCGACGGAGAAAUAGCCUUGGAUCCUGUUUCUAGCGUCCAUUCUCAUACAUCCUCAACUAGGAAAAAGAGCUGGCAACAACGACAACAAGCCUCUUCGCAUAUAUCGCCUUCUCGCACAAAUUCUUCCUUCUCUUCUUCUCGACAGAAUAGAUUGUCAAUUGACGCCGAGGCCCCAGUGGCUUUUUCUAGAGCAGGUACGAAUCAUUCGAGUUUUCAUUGCUCAUCAACGAGUACUCCCGCCAAAUGGUGGAAGGUACAUCUAUUCCGAGGCAUGAUUCAAGAUAUCAAGCGGAGAGCAGCUUAUUACUGGAGUGAUUGGACAGAUGCUUGGGAUUAUCGAGUCGUACCGGCUACGGUGUAUAUGUAUUUUGCAAAUAUCCUUCCCGCUCUGGCUUUCUCGCUAGAUAUGUUUGAGAAAACGCAUCAAAGCUAUGGGGUCAAUGAGGUUCUAUUAGCUUCUGUCCUUGGUUCUGUAGUGUUUUCUGCCGCAGCGGCACAGCCGUUGGUUAUUGUUGGUGUCACUGGGCCUAUUACUGUUUUUAAUUAUACGGUGUACGACAUCAUGGCUCCUCAAGGAACGAACUACCUGGCUUUCAUGUUUUGGAUCGGACUUUGGUCAUUAAUAUUCCACUGGGUUCUCGCCAUAACAAAUGCUUGCAAUGGCCUGACAUAUGUAACGCGCUUCUCAUGUGACAUCUUCGGCUUCUACGUUGCGUUCAUUUACCUGCAAAAAGGAAUUCAAGUCCUUACUCGCCAAUGGAGUAUGGCAGGUGAAACAUCUGCCUAUCUCAGUAUCAUGGUUGCUCUACUCGUGCUGAUGUCCGGCUAUGUCUGUAGUAUGCUUGGUGAAAGCACACUCUUUCAACGAUAUGUGCGCAAAUUUAUCGAGGAUUACGGCACGCCUCUUACUAUAAUAUUCUUCACGGGUUUCGUGCAUAUCGGCCAUAUGAGGGAUGUUUCUGUUGAGACAUUGCCAACGUCCAAGGCGUUUUUUCCAACGGUGGAUCGUAGUUGGCUUGUCAAUCUGUGGGAUAUCAGCGUUGGGGAAGUAUUUUUGGCAAUCCCAUUUGCUAUUCUACUUACAAUUUUAUUCUAUUUUGACCACAAUGUAUCAUCUCUCAUCGCACAAGGCACGGAAUUCCCUCUUCGCAAACCUGCCGGGUUCCAUUGGGAUAUUUUCCUUCUCGGUCUGACCACUGGUAUCGCCGGUCUUCUCGGCAUCCCCUUCCCGAACGUCUCCGAUGAUGAUGAGACGAAAAAAGGCCGACCAAUCCUCAUCACGGAUCAUGUCGUAGAGCAAAGAGUCAGUAAUCUCACACAGGGACUACUUACUCUUGGUACAAUGACUAGUCCUCUCCUCGUUGUCCUACACCUCAUCCCACAAUGUGUCCUUGCAGGACUCUUCUUUAUAAUGGGUGUCCAAGCUUUACAAGGGAACGGCAUAACCCAAAAACUCGUCUUCCUCGCCCAAGACCACACAUUCACACCCGGCUCCAACCCCUUGAAACGCCUCGAACGCCGGAGCGCCAUUUGGGCCUUUGUGACUCUGGAACUUGUCGGUUUCGGCGCGACAUUUGCAACCACCCAAACGAUUGCGGCGAUUGGGUUCCCGGUUAUUAUCUUGUUUCUUAUACCCGUUCGAUCGUUCUUGUUGCCGUUGUGGUUUAGACCUGAGGAGCUUGCGACGUUGGAUGCGCCGACUGCUAGUCCGUUUACUAUGGAGUCUGUGGGCGGGGCUUACGGACAUUUUGAGUCCGACGAGAAUCCGUCUCACACCAGUGGAGUCCGUGGUGGUGGCAUAUUCGAAGGAAACAAUAUUCAAAGCUCGGAAGAAUAA